GUGCAUAUUUAAGAUAUAAUUCAUAUAAUAGUGUUGAGGCAUUAAAAAAGGAUAUUAUAGAUAAAUGUCCUAUAAAAAUAGACAUUGGACCAAUAUACACUGCAAGGCCAGUAGAUAAGAGAUCCCUUAAACCAUCAGCAUUUAAGCCAGUUGAAAAGGAAUUGGUAUUUGAUAUUGAUAUGACAGAUUAUGAUGAGAUUAGAACAUCACACAUAAUUCACACAACUGUUUGUGAUGAAAUUGCCAGAAAAUUAAAUGACAGUGAGAGAAAGGCUAUUGUAUCAUACUUGGAAGUUAUUAAGGGUGGCACACAAGCACAGAAAAGAGUUAACCUUGGUGGGUACUUGCAUCCUUCCAUAAGUCGAUCUUUAAGUAUAAUAAACCAAUAUUUUGAUGACUUAAUAUUGAAGGAUCAAGAUGUUUUGAAAGAUGAAAAUUGUUGGAAUAAAGUAUUAGGAUGUAUUCCUAAUGAAGAAAUAAAAAACACUUUAACAAAACAUUGGUUGGAAAACCCAUUGCAAACAUCUUCAGAUAGGUGGAGGAAUAUAACAGAUGAAUUAAAUAAAAAAAAGUUACCAAUGUGUAAAAAUGAAAUCAUCCUUCAAUAUGCAUAUCCAAGGUUUGAUAGAGCAGUAUCAAUAAGCAUUAAUCACUUAUUGAAAAGUCCAUUUUGUGUACAUCCUGAUACAG